CCUAUAAAAUGCUGUUCUGAUGGGAGAGGAGCUGUUCGCAGACUGCGAUUGAGGCUAAGGGGACUCACACACGAACGGACUCAUUUUAGGGGAAUGUUUCGUGAUGGCACGUCUAAGCGCAAUGCUUAUGUUUUGGAGAGCGAGUAACUGAAUGAUUUCGGUUGCUCAGUAGCCUACCUUGACGUACAGUACCGGGGGCCAGCUGUAUUUCGGUUAAUUUACAUGUCGCCAAUCUGGUGUUCAGUGGCUGCUGAUUUUCACCCCACUAUUCUGUAUAGUUAAACAAACAUUGAAAAUGAAAAUGAAUUUCGGAACUGUGGUUGUUGUUGCUGGCUUCGCGGGGAUGUUAAGUUUUGGAUUCCUGGCUGCAGCCAUCGGGAGUGAGUACUGGUAUAUUAUAGAGGUGAACAAACUGAACCAGACAGACUCGGAGGAACUGAACUCUCAUUCUGGACUGUGGACGACGUACGAAGGGAGAAGUGGCAGUGCUCAUUCCAUCUACUCCUUCUAUGACUCCUCUGGAUACAACUACACCGAGCCGGAGCAGCGCAUACGCAGCAUGCAUAGGAUGAUCGUGAUCCUGCUGCCACUCAACCUGGUGCUGCUGGUGUUCGGCGGUAUCUGUGGCCUCGUUAGCGCCCUGUCACGGAGCCCCGCCCUCCUAAUUGGCUCCGCCUCCUACAUCUUCCUCUGCAGUCUCCUCACCCUGUGUGGGGCCUGCCUGUACCUCAGCUACUCCCAGCAGGCCCUGGAGGAGUUGCAGCGGCAGGUGGGACUGGAGCUCAUGGCCCAUGUGCACUUGUGCUUCGGCUGGCCUGGCUGGCUGGCUGCCUUCAGCCUGAGUCCUGACUGGGACCUCCUCCACGGCUGCCAGGAUCCUGUGAAGCCACCACGCAACCCAGCAAAUAUCUGCACCUCCUCCUAUACAUACUGCACCUCCUCCAACACCUACAGCUCCAAUACCUAA